GUCAACCGCCCGUUGACGAUGAAAAAGGACGGCAUCCAAACCCGCAACCGGAAGAUGUCCACCAAGAGCAAGAAGGUGAAGAAAGGGAUGGUGGCCAUGUCUGACUUCCUUCGCGACAACAAAUCUUUCCAAGGAUUCGGCGCCCCUUCCUUCAGUCCAUCCAUGCACUCUAUGAACCCCUACAUGAAUCACAUGGGAGGUCAGGCGCUGGCCGGCGGCUAUCAUCACUCCCAGAUGGGAGGAGGCCUCAGUGGCGGUCUUCCGGGAGGUCUGGGAGGCAGCUUCUCCAACAACUUCACAAAUUCUCUUCAGUCGCCGCAGUUCGCCUCCUCGCUGCAGUCCGCCUCGUUCUCAUCAUCGCUACAGUCGCCAUCUUUCGCCUCUUCCUUGCAGUCGCCCUCGUUCGCCACAUCAUACGGACCUAUCGCCAGUAUCCCGUCUGGAGGUUUGAACCUGACGACGUCCAACAUGGUGGGCGCCAUGGCCUGA